AUGAACUUACUGGACAUUAACUUACUGGACAUGAACUUACUGGACAUGAACUUACUGGACAUGAACUUACUGGACAUUAACUUACUGGACAUUAACUUACUGGACAUUAACUUACUGGACAUUAACUUACUGGACAUUAACUUACUGGACAAUAACUUACUGGACAUGAACUUACUGGACAUGAACUUACUGGACAUGAACUUACUGGACAUGAACUUACUGGACAUUAACUUACUGGACAUUAACUUACUGGACGUUAUUAACUUACUGGACUUUAACUUACUGGACAAUAACUUACUGGACAUGAACUUACUGGACAAUAACUUACUGGACAUUAACUUACUGGACAUGAACUUACUGGACAUGAACUUACUGGACAAUAACUUACUGGACGUUAACUUACUGUACGUUAACUUACUGGACAAUAACUUACUGGACAACAACUUACUGGACAAUAACUUACUGGACGUUAUUAACUUACUGGACAAUAACUUACUGGACAUGAACUUACUGGACAUGAACUUACUGGACAAUAACUUACUGGACAAUAACUUACAGGACGUUAACUUACUCGACAAUAACUUACUGGACAUUAACUUACUGGACAGUAACUUACUGGACAUUAACUUACUGGACGUUAACUUACUGUACGUUAACUUACUGGACAAUAACUUACUGGACAAUAACUUACUGGACAUUAACUUACUGGACAUUAUCUUACUGGACAUUAACUUACUGGACAUUAACUUACUGGACAUGAACUUACUUGACAAUAACUUGUUCAUAAUGUUGAUGAUGGAAUUUUUCUACUUUGUAAAAUGA